UUCAACUGCUUGCAGCGGUCAUACUAAUAAUCAAGAUAAAGCAAAGCCACUGUAAUAGUUAGUUAAUUACUGUUUGUCUUUGUUGCGCGGAAACACGUACUUUCCCCAGAACUAAAAAAGUUACCCAAAGUCGUGCAUAUUAUUUUUUUCCGAUUUUAAAAGAACCAGUUUCGAAGUGGUUGUGACUCAUCAAUUUUCGCAGGCUCAAGGAGAGAAUUUCACCAUGGACGCCAUCAGCAACGGAGAAUCUGGUGAUCAAGUUGGAAUAAGGGUGGGAAAUCCUGAGACUCUUUACGAUCACACGGAUGCUCUGGGUUCUGUUGGAGCAGGAGGUUCGGGAAGCAGCGGACUGGUCACAGGAGCCUCGCAUCCUUAUGGUACAGGAGCCAUUGGGCAGCUUGCCAACUCGUACACCUCACCCUCGUCGAGCUACCGUAAAAAUGUGGCCAAAAUGGUCACCGAUCGUCACGCCGCCGAGUACAAUAUGCGUCAUAAGAACCGUGGAAUGGCCCUGAUCUUUAAUCACGAACACUUCGAGGUGCCCACUUUGAAGUCCCGAGCAGGAACCAAUGUCGAUUGUGAGAACUUUACGCGGGUGCUGAAGCAGCUAGAUUUUGAGGUGACUGUUUACAAGGACAGCCGAUACAAGGACAUAUUAAGGACGGUUGAGUAUGCAGCCUCACAGAAUCAUAGCGACAGCGAUUGCAUUCUAGUGGCCAUCCUGUCGCACGGCGAGAUGGGCUACAUCUACGCCAAGGACACUCAGUACAAGCUGGAAAAUAUAUGGAGCUUUUUCACGGCCAAUCACUGCCCCUCAUUGGCGGGCAAGCCCAAGUUGUUCUUUAUACAAGCGUGUCAGGGAGAUAGAUUGGAUGGCGGAGUGACCAUGCAACGCUCACAGACCGAAACCGAUGGCGACUCUUCGAUGAGCUACAAGAUACCCGUGCAUGCUGAUUUCCUGAUCGCCUACUCCACUGUUCCGGGAUUCUAUUCGUGGCGAAACACCACCCGCGGCAGCUGGUUUAUGCAGAGCCUGUGCGCCGAGUUUGCUGCUAAUGGAAAACGUCUCGACAUCCUUACCUUGCUCACUUUUGUUUGCCAACGGGUGGCCGUAGACUUUGAAUCCUGCACUCCGGACACGCCGGAGAUGCACCAGCAGAAGCAGAUUCCCUGCAUCACCACCAUGCUGACGCGCAUUCUGCGCUUUAAUGAUAAGCAGCUGGCUCCAGCUGGACGGGUUUGAUCGAUACUGGUAUGGAUAGGGCACUGGCUACGGCGAGGUGUGUGAUAAACCAAGACGCAAUUAAGAUAAAACAAAAAUUCUAAGGCCGAUUUGCAGCAUAUUUGUAUGAAACACUUUUUACCCUGAUCAAAUUCUUGAGAUUGGUUUCACUGCCUAUUUUUUUUAUUUAAGCGCAAAGUAUCUAUCAAUUGGCAUUUAUUACUGUCGCAUUUUUGCCAUCUGUAUUUAUAUAAGGGUGUUAAGUUCAAGAUGGCUAGGAAAUGUAAAAGGAUUAAAUUGCAUUUUUUGUUGGUCCCACUUUUUUCGUGAUAAAUUUUACUUUCCUGCUCAUAAAAACGAUCUCAAAAUUCAACAUUGCCUUUGAAAUCUCAUAAGGAUUUCCCCUUUUCUCUUCUCGGUCAGGAACAUUGAACUACCCUUAUCUUUUUACAGACCAUUAACUCUUAUUUUGAAUAUUUUUAUACAUCAAUAUCUUUAUAUUGUAAGCAUGUGUGUCAUGAUCGUCCAAAACAAAAACCAACGACUUUAGCCUGUAGUUGAGAAGUUUUUGAACAACAUAUACUAUCUAUAGAAUUUGUACUCUUAUAUAAAACACUUUAGCAAAUGUUUUCCUUUCAAGUUUACCGCUAAUAAAUACGAUUGAAAACAA